CGUGGGUUCAAUUUAAAGCAUCCCAGUUCGGCCAAGAUGCUCCGCACAAGUCAGCGGCCUCUCAGCGUCCUGCUGCUCCUCCUCCGCCUUCGUCCUCCGACAGGUCUGUGCAGCUGCGGUCGGCAUGUCGAACUCGGACAGGGUCGUGUUGGUGCUGGGAGGAGCGGGGACGGUGGGCUCUGGGAUCGUUAAGGCGCUGCUGGACAAAGGUUUUAAAGUGGCCGUGAUCUCCAGAGACAACAGCCGGCUGGAGAGACUCCGAUCCUUCGUCUCUCCAAACACAAAGGACAACCUCGUUACCAUAGUGGGGAAUGUGGGGCUGGAGGAUGAAGUGGAGCAGGUGAAGCAGCAGCUGCUGAAGCAGGUUGGGAAGGUGACGGAUGUGGUUUCGUCUCUGGGCUUCAGCUGGUGGCAGGGUGGACCUCCUCAUACCCAGACCCUCAAAGACCUGCAAUGGGUGAUCGAGACGUUACUUUUCUGCACGUUUGUGGCGUGGAAGGCCUUUUCCCCCUUAGUGAGGGACGACUCCAACUGCACCUACACCUUCAUCACAGGAGGAGCUGGAGAGAAGCUGCUGAUGCCUGGGACCGGCUUCCUGACGGUGGGAGCUGCCAGUUCUCUGGCCUUCUGCCAGGUUCUCCGAGAGGAAUACCCAGAGCUGCCCUGCAAAAUGAACCAGGUGAACAUCGACACAGGUGUGGGCACUCCGGACCGGAUGGCGCCGGGCUACCUGAACCACCUGGACCUGGGCGAGGCCGUGGCCACGCUGGUGGAAAGACGAAACACCUCCCACACCGUUUUCACCGUCAGGUGCCCGGCGGACUUAAAGACUGUCAUUCUGGAGAAGAACCUUUAGACUCAAAACGAAACCCUCCAUCGUCCUGCAGCCUCGUUGUCACGACGACACGCUGCUUCUGAUCCACAAACACAUUUACAGUGGUUUCCCAUCAUGCUUUGUGUUGUAUAUUCUGCUUGCUCUGCAUGUGCUGUUGUAUGAUUCCAUCUGCCUGUAAAAAGGGUUCAUAAAACUUCUGACUGUUGUCUCAAAAUAA